AAGAGAGGACAUUGUAAGUGGUUUAAUGUAGCUAAAGGGUGGGGAUUUUUAACUCCAGAUGACGGAUCACAAGAUGUAUUCGUUCAUCAGUCUGUUAUCUACAAACAAGGCUUUCGAAGUCUUGCAGAAGGUGAAGAGGUAGAGUUCGAGUCCAAGCCGUCUGGUAAAGGUGUUGAAGCCACCUACUGUACUGGACCAAGUGGAUUAGAAUGUAAAGGAAGCGAUAGAAGACCGAUGUCGAGAAAGAAAUUUCGUAAAAUAAGAUGUUAUAAUUGUGGAGAUUUCGGAACUCAUCUCGCUGUAAAAUGUCCUCAUGGACCUUUACCGAAACGAUGUCAUAGCUGUAAAUCAUCCGGUCAUCUCAUAGCAGAUUGUCCAAUGCGUAAGAGUCGCAAUGAUAGCAGUAACGGCAGCAAAGACGACGAAUCGAAUGAAAACGGAGGUCUUGGCCCAAUAUGA